AUGGGGACCCGCAAGUCGUCUCGUGUGGAUAGUCACAAAAAGAAGAAGACGUCGCGGCCGCGAGCUCGGCCAGGGGGCGAGUACAAGACCCCGAAGGCACAACGUCGUCGAGGGGGCGAUCGCCUCACAGCGCCGGCUACUCCCAGCCGUAGCCAGUACAGCGACAAACUGCGGCAAACUUGCGAGCUCAAACGCGAGACACGCCUGCCCUACGACUUCGACCAGACCCAUAGCUUGAAAUGCGUCAAGUGCAAUACCGUCGGGCGAUGGGUGGCGCGCACGGGCUACGCAGAGAGGUGCGCCGGAGUAUGGCUGUACAAGGGUAGCAUCCAAGAACCUGGCACUGAUAUCCGAGUAUCAUGCCCGAACUGGGUUCGCCCGAAUCAGCCGCCUGUGCCAGACUGGCUGAAGCAUAAGAUAAAGGCUGUGCGCGAUCUCGAUGCCAAAGGUGCCGCCAACGAUUCAUCUCCGUCAACUCUCGGGAGCAAGAUUGACAGUGCUGUUGGCUCUCUGGGCACAUCGACGUCUCCGGAACAGCUCGAGAGCGACCAUGCCUACGCUCAAAGCCUCUAUGCACAGGAGGUGGCGCAGUAUGAACCGCGUCAAGGUGCUUCCGACGAAGCUGGUCCUUCGGGUUCAAGGACAGCGCCUGCGGCAUUCGACACCACGAAGUCAACGUCACAAGGACUGACCGCGAAACGGAAGGCCGCCCAGUUGCAGCAGGAAGCUACCGACGAGCUUGAUCAGAUGCGACACAACAAGUUCAUCCAGACGUUAAAGGGUACAAACAACGUUGUCAUCUCACGGCAGGAUAUGUCGUCUCCAGAACAGUCGCCAGAACCGUCUACCCCGUCUCCUGCUGCUAGACGUCCCACGUCUGCUACCGCCAUUGGCAAUACCACCUCUGCUUCCGGACCUGUCAGGAACGCGUCUUCGCAGGUCGCGGAGAAACCGUCGGCGCCGAUCAUGCCCCGCAAGCGAUCAAUGAGCUGCAUAUCAAUUAGCUCGACAGAAGAGCCUACGGUGGUUGUUAAACGGGAGCGCCACGAUUCCGUACUUUCCCUAUCCGACGACGAGCCCGCAGAGCAUGAGCGCCACGAUUCCGUUCUUUCCCUAUCCGACGACGAGCCCGCCGGGCGUGAACGUCACCGCAUGAGCGACAGCACCCUGGAAUCCAGCAAUAAAGAGAACCACGUCCCUGCGACUACAAAGAAGGUGUUCGCCCUUGUCAAAACGAUCCCAUUCGUCACGUUCACGUCGACCCCAAAGAAGCCCUCGCGUCAGACUUCGCAGCUCCAGUCCCCCCGCGAAGCUUCUGCAGAUGUCUUCCACCCCGAUGAAGACGACGCGAGCCCUAUGCCUCCUGAUAAAUCCGACGUCUACGACAUCUCUCCGACAGUCUCUGAGCUGGCGAAGGAGGCGACCCUCGAUGAGCCGCGGUAUGUUCCAGGCACCCCCGGGGCGGAUGAGAAGUCGCUAUCCCCGAUUGGACAGUCGCUUCUUCCGAGGAAUCGCGCACGCAACGAUCUUCCCGAGAAUGAUGACAUUCCUCGCGCACGGAACAGGAACCCGUGUAGUGGUCCUUGGAAGCCACCCCUCGAAUGUACAGACGACACUAAGGCUCCGUACGACACCGACUACGAGGACUCCGAUGCGCCGGUGACACCGGAGCGUCCGGCGGACACGCCAUUGCCUUCCUCGAACGGACCCGCUGUCUCUGACAUAUACGGCCCUCUUAUUCGCAGUGUCAUCCAGCUGAGGGCCCAUGUUGACGCGCUUCCUCCCGAUGCUCGCGCGAAAGUUGUUGCGACUGUGACCAAGUUCCACGAGGAGACGGGGACCGUGGCCGAUUUGAUGGCACUUCUCCCCUCGCCAUCGUCGGGAUCGGGGAAGGACAAGCAUGAAGAGUCGCCUUCCGACACGAACACGCGAAACAAGCGCAAGUAG